AAAUUCAGUUAAUACUCACAAUAACAAUCUGAUGUAUAUUGAUUAUUUGUUUCGCCUCAAAGUGAAUAAUCCCGAAGUAGUGACUAAAAAGAACGGAAGUAUGCUCGACAAUGUGUAGAAAAUGGAGGGAAGGUGAAUGAAUACUCAAGAGAUGGCAUGACACCAUUAGCUGUAGCCGCUUUCUGGGGAUAUGCUGAUAUUGCAGAAUUCUUACUGGAAGUAGGAGCCAACAUAAACUUGUGCAAUAAGGGUACACAGUGGACACCACUUCAUUGUGCUGCUUUCCAAGGUCAUGGGAAGGUCAUAAUGAAAUUGAUGGAUCAUAACCCUGAAAUGACAUUAAAGGACAGUCAAGGAAGGACAGCAAUAGAUUUUGCGUCAGCAUUAGACUCAAUAUGGCCUUUUUUUGCUGCUGCAGGAUGUAGACGUACUAUGAAGUCAGAAUUAAUACAAAUGGAUAUUGUUAAAAAGGUUAGCCAAGAUGAUCCAUCAAUUGCUGUUAUUCCCAGAUCAGAUUUUGCUCAUUUUUCACGACCUGGUUCUGCUUAUGUAAUGAGAUCUCAACCAAUGAACGGACCAAGUACAGACAAAUAUAAGAUUGAGGCUGCACAAACAGGUGAUGUAUUAGCUGGUACACCUGAUGAAAUGAACCAGUGGGACAGACGAGGGAAUCCAUCAUUGUCCAUGUGGAGAAGUUGAUGACAUUAUGUUAAAAGUCCACCAUCCGUCCCAUUACCAAGCACAGUAUGUUUAUAAAACAAUGUAAAAUGUGAUAUGGUAAUAUUGAAGUAUACAUUCCUGUCAUUAUAAUCAUUUACAUACACAUAAAACACAUAUUUUAUAGAUUUUCAUGUAUAUAAAAAAAUGUACUAAGAUUUAUUUAUACAUUUGUUUAUCAUUAUAUUUAUAUUUGUUUCUUUUUGAAGGUGACACAUCAUGGUUUUUUCAUGUGUUGUUUAUUGUGUUCAAACACUGGUGUGAUAAUACAAUUGCCAGUGUUAGUUUUAAUCAUCUUAAUUAUAGAUAGAUGAUUGAUUUUGUACAAGCUUUUCAAUUUGUAGUGUACUUUGUAGACAAGACAAUAUUUUAUUUUGUAUGUAAAUAUAUCAGAUAGAAAUUAUUUCACAGUAUUCAUCACAAAUACAGAAUUAUUUUUGGCUAGAAACGUCUAAAUUGCCAGUGAAUGUUUAAAAGCAUUUAAAAAAAAAAAACUUGUCAUAGUUUUCUCAUAUUUUACUUAUAUUUAAUUCAGGGAUGACUUUUGGUUGUGUAUUAUUAUGAGGUUAUUGUAGCCAGUGUUUUCUCUUGAAAGUCUUGAUGUAAAACAAACAUGCUGUAUGUAAAUUUCAGUUUGUAUUGUUUUUUUACAAAAAAAUAAUUAAUAAAAUACUUAACUGUUUCUACUGUAAAAGUUUGGUUUAGUUAGUAAUGUUGGUGGAGUGUGUAUUAACUUAUGAUGCACUGUUUUAUAUUUGAUCAAAAGGUGAUUAGUUGUACAGCAUUGCACACAAUUUGUUAAGUUAGAUGACAGUGCAGAUUCAUAUUACCUUAUAAUUUUGAUUUUUGCCAUAUUUCGGUAUGUUAGUUUUUAUAUAUUCUAAUAUAAAAGAUGCCUUCAUGUUAUAAUUAAAGUGGAAAUCUGUUGUUAUACAAUGAAAUUUCAAGUUGUAAAAUGCUUCAAAGGGAGAUAACUACAAUGCUGACUUGCUGGUUCUAUGGGUGAAAUGAUCUGAUUGAAAAGCUUUAAAAGCUUAGAUGUUUUUAGUAUGAAAAAAACUUUAUUGAUAUCAGAUAAUUUUAUUUAAAAAAAAAAAUUCUUAACUGCGCCUUAGGAUAGAAAAACAUUUUCCAGAAAGUAAGAAAUAUUUAUGGUAUUUAUUUUAAUUGCAGAAAUUUUAUUUCUUUCAAAAUUUAAACAAUUUGAUUUAAUAUAUAGGCAAAUAAAUCUAAUGAUUGGAUCGUGUAAAGAUUGAACUGUAACAAUUGGGGACAAUGUUUUGUAAAAAGCUAGGUCUUUGUCAACAAUAAGAGGAGUUUCACAUUUAUGUUUUGUCAUUUUUGUGACUAUGAAUUAUAUUGUAAAUUUUUUGAAAGUUCUAAGACUAAAUUAUAUAGGGUUUGUGUUGUUUAUUCUUUAGUUGUCUAUGUUGUGUCAUGUGUACUAUUGUUUUUCUGUUUGUCUUUUCCAUUUGUGGCCAUGGCGUUGUCAGUUUAUUUUAGAUUUAUGAGUCUGACUGGUAUUUUUCGACCAUCUUUUGUAGGUCAUUGUCCAUGUAAAAAAUAUUGGAUUUUUGGUAAUUUUGCUGAAUUUUCAUAAACACCUGAGGUGUUUUUUCAUAACCAUGUAAAUUCAGAUUAACUUAGGCAACACUAAACAAUAAAUGGGCAUUACUAAACAUCUAAAUUACAUGUCAGCACUGCUGUUUCAUUUCAAAGCUUUAGAGAACUUUGGUAUAUCAUGUGAAAAUAACUUUAAAGUGCUGACCUUUGUUAAAUUUACAUUUCUAACAUUUCUAUUUGAAUCUGUUUUUUUAAAUUGUGAAACAAGUACAUUUUAAAGUAAGUAAAAUAUUAUUAUUGGUUUAAAAAAAAAAAGAAAAGUUCAUGAAAGUGUGAAUUUUCAAAUCCACAUUAUUUUCUGGGUCCUGGGGAAAACUCUCAAAAGAUCAGAGAGAGUAUUAUGACAUCCUCCAUCCUAAAUACAGAGCAAAAUAACUUAUAUGUUGUGUCCUUUUCCAUUAAAGAAAUGUCAUAAGAUUUUUGUUUCUAAUUCGAUGGGUAAUUUUGUACAAUUAGAAAGUUUCAGAAUUAAAAUCCUGUGAUAUCAUUUUAUUAUUAUGAGGUCGUCAUAAAAGAAAACUGUAAAACGUUGAACAUGCAUUAUCAUGUUAAUAUUUCUCCCCUGUACAUGCAUAUACUACCUUUUAAUGGUUGCAAAGGUAUAGAGCAAUUAGUUUUAUGGAACAGGUACAUUUUCAAGCAUAGUAACAGAGUAAAAAAAAUACUGUAAUUUUGCUGAUUUAUAUGAAAUAAUGCCACUUAGAAAGAACAAAUAUCAUCAUUGAAUAAUAUUUUCUAAUUGGCAAUUACUAUUUUCUUGGUAGGUGUCUUUUAAAAUACAGACAAACCAUUUUUAUUGAUUGUUUUGUUUAUUCUGUAAUAAAAUUACAAUACCAUAUAUUUAUUGUUGAUGUAUUUUAUCUGCACAUACAACUUGCACUGUUUUAGAUAGAAAUCUAUCACUAGAAGAAGAUAAUAAAAUGGUGUUUUGCAUA